AUGUGGCCAUUCAGUUCUUCUAAUCAGGGGAAGAAAACCUCGGAUCUUGAAAAGGAAAUCCCAGACUCAUUAAAGGAUAUAUUUCAUAAGGGAAAUCCAGAGUGGAAAAAUGAAGCAAACUUUGGAAUUGCUGAAGAAGAAAAACUUGUAGAAAUGGCUAAACAACGUCAACUGAAAGAACCAUAUUCAUAUGAAUUCGAUGACUACAAGCGGAACGAAGAUCAUAAGAAGGUGACAUACAUAAACUGUGUGGAAUUACAAAAAAAUGUGAUAAGUUGUCUUAAAAAUUGGAAAGGUGCAGAUCUUUCCUUUUGUGAUAAAGAAAUGAAACUAAACUCUGCAUGUACAGAUAUACAAACUAAGGCCUUGAAAAGAUUGAGAUAUGAUGAAUGUGUUUCGAUAAAACAAUGUAAGCAGAUCAGGUUCCUCAUUGAUGAUCUUUUUGUCAAGAAUUUUGGCCAACUUGGAGAACAUUUUGAUGACCAAACAUAUGCCAAAUUUUCUGACGAAGUUGAUGCCAGCUUUGUAAAGAUUUGGAAGUAG